AUGGUCAAGCAAAGCGACUACCAGAACACUGUCUGCAAGGAAACUUGGGAUGUGUUUCAACAGAUGGCCACUACAUUCAAGGAAAAGAAAUUAAGGGUAUCUUAUUUCAACUCAACCCCUCAAGGUGGCGGAGUCGCUCUAAUGCGUCAUGCCUUAUUGAGAUUCCUUCAUUUAAACGAUGUCGAGGUCCACUGGUACGUUGCUCGCCCCAAGCCCGAGGUAUUUGAUAUUACCAAGAGAAAGUUCCACAACGUCCUUCAAGGUGUUGCUGACCCUGAUGUCUGGCUGAGUGACGAGGAUAAGCAAGCCUUCAUUGAGUGGUCUGAUGAAAAUGUAAAGAGAUUCUGGUUAGACGACAAAGGUCCCAUCAAGAACUCGGAUGUUAUUGUCAUUGACGACCCUCAAGUCUGUGGUAUCAUCCCUCACAUCCGUAAACAUGCUCCAAACACAAGAAUCAUCUUUAGAUCUCAUAUUGAAAUUCGAUCCGACUUGAUCAAAAACGAACCAGAGGGCUCCACUGCCAAUACUUGGAACUUCUUGUGGCAAUUCAUCAAACAAGCUGAUCUUUUUGUUGCCCACCCUAUCAAAGGUUUUAUCCCAGAGAGCGUUCCUUCUCGAAACACAGUUCUACUCCCCGCUGCUACUGAUCCAUUGGACGGUUUGAACAAACCCAUGACUGAUUGGUGUAUUACUUACUAUCAAUCUGUCUUCAAUCGUGUCUGCGUCGAUCUGGGUGUGAAUGAGAUUGAUUGGUAUAGACCCUAUAUUGUUCAAGUUGCUCGUUUUGAUCCAUCCAAGGGUAUCCCUGAUGUGCUCGAGGCCUAUCGUUUGUUGCGUGAGAAGAUGGACGGUGAAUUUGAAGACUAUCGUAUUCCUCAACUCGUUAUUUGUGGUCAUGGUAGUAUCGAUGACCCUGAUGGUACCAUCAUCUUUGAACAAGCUCAAUCUAUUAUCGAAUCUGCAAAGUUUUCCACCAUUGCAAGCGAUAUCGCUGCUGUUCGCUUACCCGCAUCGGAUCAAUUGCUGAAUGUGAUUAUGCGUGGUGCUUACGCUGCACUGCAAUUAUCUCACAGAGAAGGUUUUGAGGUCAAGGUAACUGAGGCUCUGCAUAAGGGUGUUCCUGUUGUUGCUUAUAACGCUGGCGGUAUCCCUCUCCAAAUUAAGAACGAUCAAGAUGGUUUCCUCGUGCCCAUCGGUGAUUACCAGGCUGUUGCUGAUACACUGUACAGACUCUUUAAGGAGCCCGAGUUGCACGCCAAGAUGAGUGCUAACGCAAAGAAGUGUGUAACAGAAGAGUACUUUACCAUCUGGAAUUCCAUGUCUUGGCUUCACAUGUUCCUUGAGUUAACACAAAAUCAAGAAAACAAGGACCAUAGAGAGGGUGGUUUGAAUAAUUUGAGUGCUUUGGAUGGCACCAAUCUUGGUAACGAACGAAAGGUAUCUGAGCUCUGGAGAGAACGAUACAACUAUCCUAUCAAAGAGUAA